GGUGACCUCUCUCUACCAUCUAGUCAUAAAAUGCUCAGAAGGGCAGUAUCUAGAAUAUCAUUAAAUAACAAAAGAUGUCUAUCAACUUCUAGAUUAUCUUUUAAAAAUGGUGUAGAUGGCUUGAGAACUUCGCCUUUUAACUUUGUUAAAAAUGCUGAGAGGGCAGAAGACGAAUGCGACGUCUGUAUAGUUGGUGCAGGUCCAGCUGGACUAAGCGCCGCUAUAAAGCUCAAACAAUUGAACGAGGAUCUUCGGGUUGUUAUCCUAGAAAAAGGUCCAGAAGUUGGUUCACAUAUUCUCUCCGGUGCUGUCAUUGAACCAAAAGCAAUCGACGAAUUGUUCCCCGAUUGGAGGGAACUAGGUGCACCACUCAACCAGCCAGCCACAGCUGAUAGUAUGAAGUUCCUCACGAAGAACUACUCUAUUCCGAUCCCUCAUCCACCUCAAAUGUCCAACUCCGGUAACUACAUCAUCAGUUUAUCCAGAUUGUGCGCUUGGUUAGCUGAAAAAGCGGAAGAAUUAGGUGUUGAAAUCUACCCAGGUUUCGCAGCAGCAGGUAUCAAUUGGGUAGAUGGCAAAGUUGGUGGUGUCGUAACAAACGAAAUUGGUAUGGGCAAAGACGGCGAACCAAAGGAUCAAUUCGAACCGGGUAUGAUUUUCAACGCUAAAACUACUCUCCUCUCUGAAGGUGCACAUGGUUCUUUGUCCCAGAAAAUCAUCAAUCAUUUCAACCUUAGAGAAGGCAAAGAUGAACAAACUUAUGGUAUCGGUAUCAAAGAAGUUUGGCGUGUUGACCCGUCAAAGCAUGAACCGGGUAACAUCACUCACACAGUCGGUUGGCCGAUUGAUAACGAAACCUACGCAGGUAGCUGGUGCUAUCAUAUGGAGGACAACUUGGUCUCUAUUGGUUUAGUCAUUGGUUUAGAUUACAAAAACCCAUAUAUUUCUCCGUUCAGGGAAUUCCAAAGAAUGAAGCACCACCCUAUCUUCAAAAAUCUCUUAGAAGGUGGUGAAUGCAUUGCAUAUGGUGGUAGAUCUCUCAACGAGGGUGGCUUGCAAUCAAUUCCUCAACUUCACUUCCCUGGUGGUGCACUCAUUGGUUGCUCAGCUGGAUUUGUCAAUGUACCAAAAAUCAAAGGUGUUCACAAUGCAAUGAAAAGUGGUAUGUUAGCUGCUGAAACUGUAAAUGAAAACAUCUCCAAAGAAGAAGAAGAUUUCAAACCUGCCUCAAUUGACAUGACAAGCUAUGAACAAAAAGUCAAAGACAGUUGGAUCUGGAAAGAACUUAAUGAAGUGAGAAACAUCAGACCAUCAUUCCACUCAUCUUUGGGAAAUUUGGGAGGUAUCAUUUACUCUGGAAUUGACAGUCUAUUUUUGAAGGGUAGAACACCUUGGACAUUCCACCACCCAGGACCUGACCACGCUCAGACCAAACCAAUGCAUGAUUAUAAACCAAUAGAAUACCCAAGUCCAGAUGGAAAGCUCAGUUUCGAUAUACUUACUUCAGUUUCACGUACCUCAACCAACCAUGAGGAAGACGAACCUGUACAUUUGAAACUAACAUCAUCACCAAAGUAUCAUACAGCUCAAAAUGUUGGCAUAUACGCUGGCCUUCUUGGUAGAGCCUGUCCAGCUGCAGUAUACGAAUAUCGAGACACAAAAGAAGACGGUGGACAAGAGGACGCACUUGGACAUAAAUUCGUUAUCAAUUCACAAAAUUGCAUCCAUUGUAAACUAUGUUCAAUAAAAACACCAACACAGGAUAUAAAUUGGACGACGCCAACAGGAGGUGGUGGACCAAAAUAUUCGAUUACUUAAUUAAAUAGAAGAACAUUCCAUUUGUUAUUUGAGAAUUGUAUGCAUUUUUUAUUUCUUGGC